UGGCGCCAAAUUUCCACGUUGCAAUUUUUCAGCAUCGCAGUGGACUAGAGAUUUCUCUCGCUGCUAGUUGAGUUGCGAAUUAACUUCCAAUAUUUCGCCAAAAUGACAGCCAUGCGGCUUUUGAGCGUACUGUGUACCUUUGUGGUGAUUUUCAGCCCUUGUUCCGCGUUCUUCUGGCCAUUUUCGAGCGAGAAAACCAACGAAGACGACCAGAGAUCGCCUGGAGUUGUGCCAAACCAGGUCCCGUUUGAAAUGGCGACUUCGGACGAGCGGUUUUUGAUGCAGGCAAAACAGUUCGAACUUUCACCGCUGGACGGGUGCAACGAUAGGAUAAUCGCAGAACUAAAGAGCUCCUGUGGGGAAAUGAGUGAGGAGGAGAUAGCAAAACUGGGCGUGGCCCUCCUGAACUGUCAAUCAGAGGUGGAGGGACGGCCCACCUUCACCUGUACACAGGACAUGAGUCUGGCUGACUGCACGGCUGGGAUGGACUCAGACACGUGGAACGCGUACCACAUCAUCAGUAACCGUGCGCGCUCUGUCUGCUACGCCACCAGGCAGCAGCAGUUCCGCCGAAAAACGGAGCAGACCGUCAACAAGCUGGUCAUGACGGCUGACCAGCAAGUACAGGCUAUGGAGAGCAUCAAGAAUGGCCAGGCUGAGAUUCAGACCAUGGCUGCUGACACCAUCCAGACUGUUGCGGACGGACAGGAGAGGCUCAUGGGAAGGCAGCAGCAGCUGGAGCAUUCCCAGGUGUCCAUUGCUUCACACAUCCAAGGAAACCUGAGGGACCUGGCGAGAGAGAAGGCUCUGAUCGCGUCAGGACAGCGAGAGUUGGUGGGAAUGAUGGCAGACAUGACAGACAAGAUGAAGGAAAAACUGGAAUCAGCGACAACUGAGUUGCUUCUCCAUGAGAACGACAGGAAGCGGAGCCACGAGGAGCUGCUGAAGGACCUCAUGGUGGUGCGAGAGAAGGCUCAGGAACUCUGGGACAAAAUCGACCACAACAGCCACGAGAUGGCAACAUUUCACCAGGAAACCGCCGGCCAGUUCCACGUGACGCUCUCGAACCUGCGCCAGAUGAACGCCACCGUGAACUACCUCCUGCACCUCAUGGACAGCAUGAAGACUGGGCUGGACAAGAGGAUGGACUUCCUGGCUGUUUCGCUAGGGGGUGCCGGAGACCAUCUGGCCAUUCUCGCCUCCUGCGUUCUCCACGUCGGGUAUUUCCUGGUUGCCAUGGUGACGAUGACGUUCCUCCAGAGCCCCGCCCUUUCCCGAGCCGUUAUGCUGGUGCUCGUGCCGACCAACGCGGUGUCGGAGGUCAGAUAUCGUCGCAGCCUCGACUUCCAGAGCCUUACCGUGGUUCUUACUGUCGCUGUUGUAGGGAACUGGUUGUUGAUCUGGGUUGCGCAGGCCCUGUGGCCUCGCUGUCGGGACAUGCCGUCCCCCAUCAGGACCCUAUGUUCCUGUCCUCACACCGGCACCAUGCAGCCCCCACCAGCCAUCGUCACAACACCAAGCUCCUGCAGGAAACCUAACAGGGACUCACAGCCGAUGUUUUCAGACGAGGAAACCAGCCCUGUCAAACUGGAGGCCGACAUGCAACAGAUCAUACAAGACAACAUCAAGACACUAGAGUUAGCGGACAGGACAUUGCUGCAGGUACACAACACCUCUGUGCUGUUGAACAAGUCGUUUGAAGAGCGGUCUGACGACUGUUUGGAGGAGACUAUUAUCAGUGUGGGGGGAACUCCUAUCAAACCUCCGAACACACCGAUGGCGAACAACCUGAGCUUUGGGUCGGGUUGGCAGACGACAGUGGACGUGCGUGUCAGUACGCCACUGUUACGAGCCGGUCUCACCACUAACAUCCCCUGUCCUGGCACACCCCAGUCUGCACGCAAGGAGCUGGUUAAGAGACACCUGGGGUCAGUACUGGAAGACGUCUCCAUGUCUCCAAGACGGAGUCCAAGAAAUAGCCCCUCCCACCCAAGAACCCCCACCCACAACCUAAACAGCAGCAUGACUGGAACCCCCUCAAAGGCAAACAGGAGGACCCCUAGCACACCAAGGAAGUACUGCAAGGGAAUCACCAAGGCUGGAGCACAGUGCAAGGUUCUGUGUACAGCUGACAGGGACUACUGUCACCUGCACACACCCAGCUUCUCACCAGCAAGAUAAAAUACAACCAACCAUAGAAAACAUAGUCACAAACCUUAUAAUACACUCCUAUAUGUCUUUAGACUGUUUCUUUUCCAUUAGCAAAAAGUGUUGUUUUGCAACAUACAUGAUAAAAUUAUUGCAUAUUGUUUCUCAGAUUUGCAAAACAUAUGAAAAUACU